CAGUUUUUGAAACGUCAUUUCGAUUUCCGCAGAAUAUUGUUCUGUGUUUCACGAUCUCUCUCUUUCUCUUUGUAAUCGUCGACGAGUGCAGUCGCGUCUGGUGCAAUGGCGUCUAAAGUGUCCCGUGACAUUCUCUACGAAUGCGUUGCCGAAGUGUUGAAGGGCGCUGAAACAAAGCGCCGCCGCUUCCUGGAGACGGUGGAACUCCAGAUCGGUCUGAAGAACUACGAUCCCCAGAAGGACAAGCGUUUCUCCGGCACCGUCAAGCUGAAGUAUAUCCCGCGCCCGAAGAUGCAGGUGUGCGUGCUCGGUGACCAGCAGCAUUGCGAUGAGGCGAAGGCCAACGACAUCCCGUUCAUGGAUGCCGAGGCGCUGAAGAAGCUGAACAAGAACAAGAAGCUGGUGAAGAAGCUGGCGAAGAAGUACGACGCCUUCCUGGCCUCCGAGUCGCUGAUCAAGCAGAUCCCGCGUCUGCUCGGUCCCGGUCUGAACAAGGCCGGCAAGUUCCCGGGUCUGCUCGGCCACGGCGAAUCGAUGGUGCAGAAGAUCGACGAGGUGAAGGCCACCAUCAAGUUCCAGAUGAAGAAGGUGCUGUGCCUGUCGGUCGCGGUCGGUCACGUCAAGAUGUCGCCCGACGAGCUGGCCCAGAACGUGCAUCUGGCCAUCAACUUCCUGGUGUCGCUGCUGAAGAAGCACUGGCAGAACGUCCGCUCGCUCCACAUCAAAUCGUCCAUGGGUGCCGCCCAGCGACUGUACUAAGGUGUGUGGGUGUGUGGUGGGUAAUGCGUUUAUUUGCAUUAUCUGAGGCAAUUUAACUUGUGAAAUACAAAUUUGUUCUCAAAAGGACAAUAACAAAAACAUA